CAAAACCUCGCGUCCAACACCAGUGACCUUCAUUCCUCUCCACCCGAAGAACGAGAAGGAUAUCGGGGUCGCGGCCGGUAUCGUCCCCAGUCAGCAGCCUGCGUGUGCCACCAUGGCGCUGCGUCUGCUGCCCGCCAUCAUCACGGACAACGACGAGGACGACGACGGCAACUUCACCAAGUGGAUGAGCAGCUACUGGGGCCACGGCGCGGAGGGCGGACGGUCCAGGGACAGGAAACGGAGCUUUCGAAGACCCGUACGGACCAAAGUGGACCGAAGGGCAUCGCUUCCCACCGUGUCCCAAUUAGACGCCAUGAAGCUGAAGCGGCUGCACGCCAACGCCAUGGCGCCGGCCACCGUCCACGGGCAGAAGAGGGAAGAGAAGGAUGAGGUGCGAGGUCACCAGAGAGCUCGCAGGGCCUCCUCCGACGACAGCGGGCGCCCCAAGUCGGCCAUGACAGAGAAGCGCAUCAGCACCAUCCCAGAACUGACCGAGUCCCUGGAGAAGAGACUCUCUCUGCAGGACAAACACACAAUGGCGGUGAAGGAUGUUGACAAUUUGUGUGCACUCUGCCAUGACAACAUCUUCCAAGAUGGCGGCAUGGCGCUUGAAGGACUGCCGUGUGUGCACGCCUUACAUGAAGAGGUCGGCCGCAGGUCGGAGCAGUGCCGAGCACGGAGCGGCGGCGAGGUGGCGGCGGCCUGUCUGGUGCGGAGACUGCUGAGCGGCAGGCGGAGGUCAGCGGACGAGCCCGUCACGGCGAUGGAGGAGCAGCACACUUUCCGACGUCAGCUGUCCCUGCGGAGACACCGCUGAUGUCUCAUGUGGAGGCGGAGACACCGCUGAUGUCUCAUGUGGAGGCGGAGACACCACUGAUGUCUCAUGUGGAGGCGGAGACACCGCUGAUGUCUCAUGUGGAGGCGGAGACACCACUGAUGUCUCAUGUGGAGGCGGAGACACCGCUGAUGUCUCCUGCGGUUCGGGGCCAACGCCAUCCUCUGAACUUUUUCUUUAUUUAUGACUUUUAUUUCUCAUAUUUCUGCUCUCAUUCUAUAAAGUUGCAUUUGUAAAGUAGUUAUUUCAACGUAGAAUAUAUUAACACUUUUCUUUUGUUAGCUAACUUUUUGUUGUUGUUUUUAUUUUUUAUUUUUUAUUGAGGCCGGUGGGGAGGUGUUGUUUAAGAUGUGUGUCAGAUUUAGUGCUCAUUGUGUGUGUUCUUAAACCAAACAAAUAAAAUGUGUUAUUAUUUUUA